AAGAAGAUUUAUUUCCCCCAGUCCCUCUCUCUCUCUCUCUAUCACUUUUGCUCGCCCGCCGAUUCAGAUCUCUCUCUCUCUCUCUCAGUAGGGUUCUUGCUUCAUUCGCAGUUCGAUUUCUAUGGGUAGGCACGAUAGUUCCUCCGAGGAAGACGAGAGAGUUAGAAGAAGGGAUAGGAGAAGACGAGAGAGAAGCCCCGAUGUUAGGCGAUCGAGGAUUGAGACUGAAGAUGUUUCUCGUCGCGCUAGGGUUUCUGAUGACGAGGACCACAAGGGCUCGCGACGAGAUCUUGAGAUUGGUGCUGGUGUCGCCGAUGCUGAGAAACGCCGUGGAGAUAAUAAGGUCAGAAAAGAGACUUCUUCUGAUGAUGAAGAAUUAGCCAGAAGAACUGGUUCUGAGGAUGAUAGAGGUAAAAGAAUUGAGGUAGAUAGUGAUGCUGAUGGUGAGAGGAGAGUAGUCAGUAAGGGAAGAAAUAAGGAUAGGGUUAGAGCUGACACUUCUUCUGAUGAAGAAAGUGAGAAGCAUCUUUCAAAGGAUACUGAAGAUGGAAGAAAGACUCGUAGAGGUUUGGAAGAUGAAGAUGCUGAUGAACGGAGAAGUAGGAAGAGAAGCCCCAAAGUUAUGGAGAAACAGGGUAGAGAGAGGAGUCAUAGGGGUAGUAGAGUCCUAGCAGAUAAACCUUCUGAUGAAGAAGAUGAUAGGCAGAGGAGUAGAAGAGGUAGGGGAGAAAGAAGCGAGAGGAAACAUAGGGAUCAUCGAGCAUCUGACGACGAUGAAGAAGGUGAGAUUAGGAGUGAGAGAAGAGGAAAAGAGAGGAAUGAUAGAGGUAAUGAAGGUCUCUUAAAGAGGGAUCGGAGGGACAGAGACUUGAAUGAUGGGCAUGAGAAUGGGAGUCGGCGUAGAGAAAUUGAAAGAAGAGAUAGGAGUCGGAGGGACGAUGAUAGAGACAGGAGACGCAAUGAUAGAUAUGAUGAUAGUCAAAGGGACAAGGUGAGAAAGGAAGAUAGCAGUAGAAGGGAAGAGAAGAUUGAGGUUCCAAAGCCCAAGUUGGCUGAACUCAAUCCAUCUGAGAGCAAUGCUAUGGCCUUGGGAAAAACAGGAGGAGUCUAUAUUCCUCCAUUUAAGCUAGCACGCAUGAUGAAGGAGGUGGAAGAUAAGAGCAGCGUUGAGUAUCAACGGCUUACAUGGGAUGCUCUCCGUAAAAGUAUUAAUGGGCUUGUGAAUAAGGUUAAUGCUAGCAACAUCAAGAACAUAAUCCCUGAACUGUUUGCCGAAAAUCUCAUCAGAGGAAGGGGACUUUUCUGCCGUUCAUGUAUGAAGUCUCAAAUGGCAUCUCCUGGAUUCACUGAUGUCUUUGCAGCUUUAGUCGCUGUUAUUAACGCCAAAUUCCCGGAAGUUGCUGAACUUCUUUUGAAAAGGGUCGUUUUGCAGCUUAAGAGAGCGUAUAAGCGUAACGACAAGCCUCAAUUGCUUGCAGCUGUAAAAUUUAUAGCACAUCUAGUAAACCAGCAAGUCGCUGAGGAGAUCAUAGCACUUGAGUUACUUACUCUACUUCUGGGAAGCCCAACUGAUGACAGUGUCGAGGUGGCUGUUGGGUUUGUGACGGAUUGUGGUGCGAUGCUUCAAGACGUUACACCAAAAGGAUUGCAUGGGAUUUUUGAGCGGUUUCGUGGUAUACUGCACGAGGGAGAGAUAGAUAAGAGAGUUCAGUACUUGAUUGAAAGUCUCUAUGCUACUAGGAAAGCGAAAUUUCAGGGACAUCCGGCCGUUCGUCCUGAGCUAGAUCUCGUUGAAGAAAAAUAUUCACACGAUAUCUCUCUUGAUCAGGAACUUGAUCCUGAAACUGCUCUUGAUAUUUUCAAACCUGAUCCUGACUUCGUUGAGAACGAAAAGAAAUACGAGGCGCUGAAGAAAGAGUUACUCGGUGAGGAGGAGUCUGAGGAUGAAGAUGGCUCUGAUGCUAGUUCAGAGGCUGAUGAUGAGGAGGAAGAUGAUUCUGAUGAAGAAGAUGAAGAGCAAAUGAGAAUAAGAGACGAGACAGAGACUAAUCUUGUUAAUCUUAGGAGGACAAUCUACCUGACCAUAAUGUCCAGUGUUGAUUUUGAGGAAGCAGGUCACAAAUUACUUAAAAUUAAGCUUGAACCUGGUCAAGAGAUGGAACUAUGCAUAAUGCUCCUGGAAUGUUGCUCUCAGGAGAGAACUUAUCUGCGUUACUACGGGUUGUUGGGUCAGCGUUUCUGCAUGAUCAACAAAAUUCAUCAAGAGAAUUUUGAGAAAUGUUUUGUUCAGCAGUAUUCCAUGAUUCACCGUCUUGAGACAAACAAGUUGCGUAACGUGGCCAAGUUUUUUGCCCAUUUACUGGGCACAGAUGCUCUCCCCUGGCAUGUGCUUGCCUACAUUCGGUUAACUGAGGAGGACACAACUUCCUCAUCUCGUAUCUUUAUUAAGAUCCUUUUCCAGGAAUUAUCACAACACUUGGCGAUUAGGCUGCUUAAUGAGAGGCUUCAGGAUCCAACGAUGCAGGAAUCACUUGUAUCUAUCUUCCCUAAAGAUAAUCCAAAGAGCACGAGGUUUGCAAUCAACUUCGAACACCCAUUGGUCUUGGAGGCAUCACAGAGAACCUGAGAGAGUAUCUGAAGAACAUGCCACGCCUGAUCAUGCAACAGCAGAAGCAAGUUGCAGAAUCAGGAUCAUCAUCUGGAUCUGACAGUUCUGGUUCCGAGUCUGAAUCUGAGUCAGAAUCAUCCUCUUCUUCUAGUUCGGAUGAAAGCGACAGAGAGAGGAGGAAGCGAAGAAGAAGAUCUUGAGACUUGUGUUCGGUUUGUUAUCUCCACCAAAAAAUUCUUGAAAUUUUCACAUCUUGUUUUGGAUUAUUCAGUGAGCAAUAUCUUGUUCUGUUCCUUGCAUAUCAAUUACAGAUUAAGCUGAUAACAAGAGACUAGCUAGACAAUCAAGGUUGUGAACGGAAAUGGUUUUUUCUUGUGUUGUUCUUCAAAUUUCAUAGACGUUGUUUAUAUAGCUUAUAUAGCUUGCUGUGUUUUUUUCUUACAGGGAAAAUUAGCCAAGUUCUAUAAUAAUAGCUUUGCACUAGUAAACGUCUAAACGUAAUAUCAGUUGUACUAGAAUGUUUAAAGACGAAUGUGAUAUUAUUUUUGGUACAUUUUGUGAUCCAAAUUUAUUUGCGUGUUGUGAUGUGAUA